UUUUUUUUUUUUUUUUUUUGUCAGCGCUGCGUGUCUCAUCCAUCCAUCGCAGGUAACCUACUUCGCAACGCCUCUGCCGCGCGGCGAGCGUGACUCGCCGGGGCCCUGCCGUGCGGGAGCGGCACGGCGCGGGUUGGGGCUGCCGGUUCCCCCGCUCACUGUCAGCCGUAAGGUCAGCCUGAGCGGUUAAAUAGGGAGGCAGGAGGGAACGCGGCGAGUCCCUCCCCGCGCUUCGGCGGCGAACAAGCAAGCAAGCGCCGGACGAGGGUCUGUCCGCGCCAUCGCCGCCGCCGCCGAGGCAACCACAUCGGCGAGGGGAUGCCCCGGCGCUGCGGGAGGAGGGUGUCGGCGGCCUAGCGCGGGGGCACGGUGUCGCAGCCCCUCGUCCCGUCCCAUCGCGCCGCGGCAGGCGAGCCGCUGCGGGGGGCAGGAGGAUCCAGGCAGGUGGCGGGACGCAGGGGCUGGCGGCGGCGGUGGGCAGCGGCUCCCGGACCUCCUCCUCGGUGCAGAGAGCCAGAGCGCAGCAGCAGCAGGGUCCACUUUGGUGCUGAAGAGGUGCCAGUCCCAGGCGCCCGCCCUCACUCCCCACCAUGCCGUCCAGCGGGACCCUCGAUGCCAGCAGCCCCACUCCGAACCGCGAAGCGCUCGACACGCACAAGGGGGAAGAGGAGCCCGAGGAGAACCAGAGCAAGGAGGAGAAGGAGCCAGGGACGCCCAUGAGGAAAGCCGGGCGGCCCGGGCGGAAGCGCAAGCAUGCCCAGGUGUCGGACGUGUUUUGCCCGGGGUGUGAUGCUGUCAGCCAGGUGGAAAGCAGUGACACCCCCAAAGACACCGCAGCCAUCCCCAAGUGCCCCCCGCCCUGCCCAGAAGCCAGCCCUGCCGAGCCGCUGCCCAACGGGGACGUGGAGGGAGACAGCGCCCAGUGGAAGGGUGCGGAAGAGAGCAGCACAAGUCCCAAGGGUGGGCGCCCCGAGGAGGACGAGACGGAGAGCCUGCCGGACGGCGAGACGGGCCGGGCGCUGGAGAACGGCCGCUGCACCCCCAAGGAGGGCCUGGACGCCCCGGCCGAUGAGGGUGAGCUGGCCCCUUCCGACCCCCAGAAGAAACGCGGGAGGAGGAAACUCCUGGAGGCCACAGAGAAAAGCAAGGAAGAGAAGGAAGAAAACAACUUUGACACCCUGAAAAUGGAGGGCUCCCGCGGGCGACUGCGUGGCGGGCUGGGCUGGGAGUCGAGCUUGCGGCAGCGGCCCAUGCAGCGGCACACCUUCCAGGCCGGGGACCCCUACUACAUCAGCAAGAGGAAGCGGGAUGAGUGGCUGGCCCGCUGGAAGAGGGAGGCGGAGAAGAAGGCAAAGGUGAUCGCCGUGAUGAACGUGGUGGACGAGACGCCACGGACAGAGCCCCAGAAGGAGGAGGAGGCCAGCCCCCCCGCCUCGCAGCAGCCCACUGACCCCGCCUCACCCAAUGUGGCCACCACGCCUGAGCCGGUGGUGGCCGAUGCUGUCGACAAGAACACCUCCAAGUCAGCCGAUGAUGAGCCAGAGUAUGAGGAUGGCCGGGGCUUCGGCAUCGGUGAGCUGGUGUGGGGCAAGUUGCGCGGCUUCUCCUGGUGGCCUGGGCGCAUUGUCUCCUGGUGGAUGACAGGCCGGAGCCGGGCAGCUGAAGGCACUCGCUGGGUGAUGUGGUUUGGGGACGGCAAGUUCUCAGUGGUCUGUGUGGAGAAGCUGCUGCCACUCAGCUCUUUUGCCAGCGCCUUCCAUCAGGCCACCUAUAAUAAGCAGCCCAUGUACCGCAAAGCCAUCUACGAGGUGCUGCAGGUGGCAAGCAGCAGAGCAGGGAAGAUCUUCCCGGCGUGCCCUGAGAAUGAUGAGACAGACACCUCCAAGGUGGUGGAGAUCCAGAAUAAGCAGAUGAUCGAGUGGGCCCUGGGCGGCUUCCAGCCCUCUGGCCCCAAGGGUCUGGAGCCCCCCGAAGAGGAGCGAAACCCCUACAAAGAAGUUUACACGGAGAUGUGGGUAGAGCCGGAAGCAGCUGCCUAUGCACCACCCCCACCCGCCAAAAAACCCAGGAAAAGCACAACGGAGAAGCCGAAGGUCAAGGAGAUCAUCGAUGAGCGCACCCGAGAGCGGCUUGUGUAUGAGGUCCGGCAGAAAUGCAGGAACAUUGAAGACAUCUGCAUCUCCUGUGGGAGCCUCAACGUGACCCUGGAGCACCCUCUAUUUAUCGGAGGAAUGUGCCAAAACUGCAAGAACUGCUUCUUGGAGUGCGCGUACCAGUACGACGAUGACGGCUACCAGUCCUACUGCACCAUCUGCUGUGGUGGCCGCGAGGUGCUCAUGUGCGGCAACAACAACUGCUGCAGGUGCUUCUGUGUGGAGUGUGUGGACCUGCUGGUGGGCCCAGGGGCGGCCCAGGCGGCCAUCAAGGAGGAUCCCUGGAACUGCUACAUGUGUGGCCAUAAGGGUGUCUACGGGCUGCUGCGGCGGCGGGAGGACUGGCCCUCACGCCUCCAGAUGUUCUUCGCCAACAACCACGACCAGGAGUUUGACCCACCAAAGGUGUACCCACCGGUGCCAGCUGAGAAGAGGAAGCCCAUCCGGGUGCUCUCGCUCUUCGAUGGCAUUGCCACAGGCCUACUGGUGCUGAAGGACCUGGGUAUCCAGGUGGACCGCUACAUCGCCUCUGAGGUGUGUGAGGACUCCAUCACUGUCGGCAUGGUGAGGCACCAGGGCAAGAUCAUGUACGUCGGGGACGUCCGAAAUGUCACCCAGAAACACAUACAGGAGUGGGGCCCAUUCGACCUGGUCAUUGGGGGGAGCCCCUGCAACGACCUCUCCAUUGUCAACCCAGCCAGGAAGGGGCUCUACGAGGGUACCGGCCGGCUCUUUUUCGAGUUUUACCGCCUGCUCCACGAAGCCCGGCCCAAGGAGGGUGAUGACCGGCCUUUCUUCUGGCUCUUCGAGAACGUGGUGGCCAUGGGGGUGAGCGACAAGAGGGACAUCUCGCGCUUCCUGGAGUCCAACCCCGUCAUGAUUGAUGCCAAAGAAGUGUCUGCAGCACACAGGGCACGGUACUUCUGGGGGAAUCUUCCUGGGAUGAACAGGCCACUCGCAUCCACAGUCAACGAUAAGCUGGAGCUGCAGGAGUGCCUGGAGCAUGGCAGGAUAGCAAAGUUCAGCAAAGUGCGAACUAUCACCACUCGCUCCAACUCCAUCAAGCAGGGCAAGGACCAGCAUUUCCCCGUCUUCAUGAAUGAAAAGGAGGACAUCCUGUGGUGCACAGAGAUGGAGAGGGUCUUCGGCUUCCCAGUGCAUUACACAGACGUGUCCAACAUGAGCCGCCUGGCCCGGCAGAGACUGCUCGGCAGAUCCUGGAGCGUGCCGGUGAUCCGCCACCUCUUUGCUCCCCUGAAGGAAUACUUUGCCUGCGUUUAAGAGAGACAGACAGGAACUGGUGACACGGAGCGAGUCAGAAACAAAACCAUCCACGCCAAGAGAAGUGAAAAUACAGAAUGAGAAAAGAGUCAGCACCCAGAAGAGAGAUGGGAUUUCACAGCCCAAUGGGAACCCGGCACACGUCUCCCCGAGCAAAAGGGUUCGGUGUCCUCUCCUGAAUUUCCAAUGUUCAGCUUUUAGCCUAUUUAAAAGAAAAAAACACAAAAAAAACCAAACACCACCAAUGAAAACAACAACAAAAAAAAGGCGAACGAAAAAAAAAGAAAAAAAAAAAGGAAAACAAAAAACCAAAACCAUUUUUUUUGGGGGGUAACCUUUUCAUUUUCCGCUCUUUUCUGGCUGGGUUUUUCUGUUGGUUUGGUUUCCGCUUCUCGGAGCAGCGGGCGAGAUGAGAUGCUGUCGCCAGCUCUGCUCUCAGAGGAGGGGAAACAGCAGCGGGAAACCCCAGCCGGGAGAGAGGUGGAGGCGAAGGAGAACCCGCUCCGUCAGCGCCGAGCUCGCGGCCCCAGCCGCCGGCCUGGUGAGCUUGUGGGGAGCGCGAAGCGGCAGGGAGGCGCUCGGCCGGCUCCGCAACACCCAGCAACUGAGCCUCACUCUUUUCCACCAGCACCGUUCACUGGUGAUAUGGAGCCAACCCAACUGGCAGGGAAGCCGAGAACACACACACCACAACACACACCUUUUCUACAGUAUUUUGGGUGCCUACCACAUGGGAAACCUUGAAGAAAGCAAAUUCUAGAAGCCGCUGUUACCUCUUGUUUACAGUUUAUAUAUAUAUGAUAGAUAUGAGAUAUAGAUAUAUAUAUAUAUAAAAGGUACUGUUACUACUGUACAA